CCCAGAUGGAGACAUGUAAAAUCUUUGGGGAGCCAUGCCUCACUUUGUAGCCCCUCUUUUAAAAAAUGUCAUCAUCAGAAGUCAGUUUGAUAGCAUCAGGAGGAAGCAAUGCCUCCAGUAUCUGAAGACCCUGAAGUCUCUGCGAUAUGAUGGAUUUCAGACUGUGUACUUUGGGGAAACGGAUAUCUCAGAAAGUCUUGUCACUGGGGAAGAUUUUAGUAAUGGCUAUUUCCUGCAAGGUCCAACUUGGUGUGUUGUGCAUGCUGGUGGCUGUCAAGGAUGGGUGCCUUGGAAAUACCGGAUGUUCCUGAGAGAUGAGCUGUGUGUCAAGCAAGAAGACAAGCUAUUCUUUGAGUUCUGUGACAUAGUGAAGAAGGCUUAUGGGAAAUGUGCUAUCGUGGUCAAAGGGAGAAGGCAGCAGAAUGAGAUGAGACCCAAGGAAGAUGGAGAGGCUGAGGCCCAGUCCUAUGUCCCAGCUGCGAUUAACUUAACAAGCAUUGUGUGCUGCCCAGAGGUGGCCAAAUUCCAUGGCCAUGAGCUACUCUCUCUGCCUUCCCCAUAUCAUUACCUGAAUCCUUUAGACUCUGCUUGGUCCUCUCUGAAAUGGUUUAUCAUCAAUAACAGGAAACAAUUUUGUUUGCAUUCCAUCGACAAUGUCUAUUCCUACCAGUAUAUACUGUUUAGUGAUUUAAUUAGUAAAGGGAUUGAGAGGAUAAACUUAAGCAAAUGGAAAACAAUAGUUAAAAAAGUACAGAGAUGGGAAAAUUACUAUCUUGGGAAAUUUUCUUAACAGCAAGU